GAUAGAUUAACCCUUACCGGAGACAUAAAAAUCAACCGGAACUCCAAAAGAGAGAGAGAGAGUUAGUUGUAUAGACAACAAAAAAAAAAAGAGAAGAAGAAGAAGGUUGGUUCGGUCCUCUCUCUCUCUCUCUCCCCGAGUAUGGUGAGAGUACUACUAAGCAGUAAUGGGGAGAGCAAGAGUCUUUAAAACCCUCUCUUUCUCUUUCUCUCUGUCGUCUCUCUCUCUUCUAUUUCUUUUUCCUCUGUCAAAACACCAUUUAAAACCCAUCAGUUACGCCAAUUUCUAAAGCGAGACAGGUUGGGAGAGAGAGUCUCUUUUUUUUUUCUUUUUUUUUUUUUAGCGAAUCUGUGGUAACGAAUGUUGAAGAGAAGCAACAAAAGGGUUGGGAGCACUAAUGGCGGCUUAGGUGAGGGUGAAAGUCUUUUUAGAGAGAUCAUAUCACUCACUUCUUUCUCUUUCUAGGGUGGCUCUGUAGAAACUAAGAAGAGACAUAAUUACGGCUACAAAACCCACCCGUUUUUCUCUUUUCUUCCUCAAGGUUCCACCCUGCCUAUAUAUAUUUUUCUUUAAGUUUUUAGUUGAAUUUUGGGGUUUUUGGAUUUGUGCAAAUUCCUUUUUUGUAAUCAAUUUGUUGCCUUAAGCGAACCCUUUCAGCUUUCACCUCCCGAAAUCAUCGCCUUUGCAUCUUCUCUUUCAGAUUCUCUUCCGUUUCGUUUUCUUUUCAUCCCUCUUCCCUAAAGUUUUAGUUUUUUUUUUGGGUGGGUGCAUAAAAAGUUUGAACAUUUUUCGUUGUUGUUGUUGUGUUUCUCUGUUGGGUUUGUGUUAAUGGCGACAGUGGUGUAAAUGGUCCAUUAGUAGUUUGUGGUUGGGUGAAAGUAAAGAGAAGAAGUUUGUUAGUAGCCAUAUAGAUUAAAGAGUGUUUUACUGCUCUGUUUUUGUCUCUCGACGCAUUAAAAAAUUAAAAUAAAGUGAUAAAAUAUGAGUUUUGUCGUCGGCGUCGGCGGGAGUGGGAGUGGUAGCGGCGGAGACGGUGGUGGUAGCCAACAUCACGACGGCUCUGAAACUGAUAGGAAGAAGAAACGUUACCAUCGUCAUACCGCUCAACAGAUUCAACGCCUUGAAUCGAGUUUCAAGGAGUGUCCUCAUCCAGAUGAGAAGCAGAGGAAUCAACUUAGCAGAGAAUUGGGUUUGGCUCCAAGACAAAUCAAGUUCUGGUUUCAGAACAGAAGAACUCAGCUUAAGGCGCAACAUGAGAGAGCAGAUAAUAGUGCACUAAAGGCAGAGAAUGAUAAGAUUCGAUGCGAAAACAUAGCCAUUAGAGAAGCACUUAAGCAUGCUAUAUGCCCUAGCUGUGGAGGUCCUCCUGUUAGUGAAGAUCCUUACUUUGAUGAACAAAAGCUUCGGAUUGAAAAUGCACAUCUUAGAGAAGAGCUUGAAAGAAUGUCUACCGUUGCUUCAAAGUACAUGGGAAGACCUAUAUCCCAACUCUCCUCAUUACAUCCAAUGCACAUCUCACCGCUGGAUUUGUCCAUGACUAGUUUAACUGGUUGUGGACCUUGUGGUCAUGGUCCUUCACUGGACUUUGAUCUUCUUCCAGGAAGUUCUAUGGCUCUUGGUCAUAAUAAUCUGCAUUCUCAGCCUAACUUGGCUAUAUCGGACAUGGAUAAGCCUCAUAUGACCGACAUGGCUUUGACUGCAAUGGAAGAAUUGCUCAGGCUUCUUCACACAAAUGAACCUCUGUGGACCAAAGCAGAUGGCUGCAGAGACGUUCUCAAUCUUGGAAGCUAUGAGAACAUGUUUCCAAGAUCAAGCAACAGAGGGAAGAACCAUAACUCUCGAGUCGAGGCAUCUAGGUCUUCUGGAAUUGUUUUCAUGAAUGCUAUGGCACUUGUUGACAUGUUCAUGGAUUGUGGCAAGUGGGCAGAACUCUUUCCCUCGAUCAUAGCAGCGUCUAAAACACUUGCAGUAAUCUCUUCAGGAAUGGGAGGUACCCAUGAGGGUGCAUUACACUUGUUGUAUGAAGAAAUGGAAGUACUUUCGCCAUUGGUAGCAACACGUGAAAUCUGCGAGCUACGGUAUUGUCAGCAGAUUGAACAAGGAAGCUGGAUCGUUGUAAAUGUCUCAUAUGAUCUUCCUCAGUUUGUUUCUCACUCUCAGUCCUAUAGAUUUCCAUCUGGAUGCUUGAUUCAGGACAUGCCCAAUGGUUAUUCCAAGGUUACUUGGGUUGAACAUAUUGAAACCGAAGAAAAAGAACCAAUUCAUGAGCUAUACAGAGAGAUUAUUCACCAAGGGAUUGCUUUUGGAGCUGAACGAUGGCUUACUACUCUCCAGAGAAUGUGUGAAAGAUUCGCGUCUCUAUCGGUACCAGCAUCUUCAUCCCGUGAUCUCGGUGGAGUGAUUCCAUCGCCGGAAGGGAAAAGAAGCAUGAUGAGACUUGCUCAGAGAAUGAUAAGCAACUACUGUUUAAGUGUCAGCCGAUCAAACAACACACGCUCAACCGUCGUUUCUGAAUUGAACGAAGUUGGAAUCCGUGUGACUGCUCAUAAGAGCCCUGAACCAAAUGGCACAGUCCUCUGUGCAGCCACCACCUUCUGGCUUUCCAAUUCUCCUCAAAAUGUCUUCAAUUUCCUCAAAGAUGAAAGAACCCGUCCUCAGUGGGAUGUUCUUUCAAACGGUAACUCUGUGCAAGAAGUUGCUCACAUCUCAAGCGGAUCACAUCCUGGAAACUGCAUAUCGGUUCUACGUGCAUCCAAUGCACCACAUAGCAACAACAUGCUAAUUCUACAAGAAAGCUCAACAGACUCAGCAGGAGCACUUGUGAUCUACAGUCCCGUGGAUUUAGCAGCAUUAAACAUCGCAAUGAGUGGUGAAGAUCCUUCAUACAUCCCACUCUUGUCCUCAGGUUUCGCAAUCUCACCAGAUGGAAAUGGCUCAACGUCCGAGCAAGGAGGAGUGGGAGGAGCGUCGACGAGCUCAGGACGGUCAUCGUCAAGCGGUUCGUUGAUAACAGUUGGGUUUCAGAUAAUGGUAAGCAACUUACCGUCGGCAAAACUGAAUAUGGAGUCAGUGGAAACGGUUAAUAACCUCAUAGGAACUACUGUGCACCAAAUUAAAACCGCCUUGAACGGGCCUACAGCUUCAACAACAGCUUGACACCAUUAAAGGCUCUUCCUCUUUCUUCUGGGUGUCUCUUUCUCUUCAAUGAUCAGAGAAGGGAAUUAACUCUUCUUUGCCUUCAAUGCCAGAGAGAGAGAGAGAGAGAGAGAGAGAGAAGCUCAUUAACUCCAAUUGUUCUGCUGCUUCUGUUGGUGCUGUUCUGUUCUUGGACAAACCUCAUUAAAAACAACUUCUGUAAGAAAAAAAGAAAAAACAGCUGGAUUCUUCUUCUCUC